AUGGCUAAUGCAACAUUUGUCACUGAGUUUAUUCUUCUAGGAUUUCCAGAAAUUCAAGAAAUGAACAUGGCAUUUUACACCAUUCUCCUACUGAUGUAUCUCAUCUCCUUAAUGGGACACAGCUUAAUCAUAUUUGUUGUUUUCAUGGAGACCAUGCUCCAUACUCCAAUGUACUUCUUCCUCGUCAACUUCUCCACAGCUGAGAUCUGCUCCACUACAGCAGAGAUCCCAAAGAUGCUGGCCAAUGCCUUCUCGGGCAAAACCAACAUUUCCUUUGCAUGUUGCAUGUUACAAGGUUUCGUUGUCUUCACAAUGGGGUCUGUUGAAUUCAUCACUCUUACCCUCAUGUCUUUUGACCGCUAUGUAGCCAUUUGCAAACCUUUGCUCUAUAAAACCAUUAUGACCAACAACCUCUGCCUCUUCCUGACUUUGUUGGCUUGGCUUUGUGGAUUUGUUAUCAUUUUCCCUCAAUCAGCUGUAGUGUGGACUUUCCCAUAUUGUGGACAAAACGUCAUUGAUCAUUAUUUCUGUGAUGUUGGGCCUGUUUUGAAAUUGGCCUGUGCUGAUACUACUUUGAUGGAGCUGAUAGGUCUCAUUUAUGGUGCUAUUUUCAUGUGGGGUUCCUUGGGUAUCUCGUUAAUUUCUUAUACAUACAUCAUAGUCACCAUCAUUCGGAUGCCUUCUGCCACAGGGCGAUCCAAGGCAUUCUUCACAUGUGCCUCUCAUCUAACUGUUGUUAUCAUCUUCUACACGGCAGAUAUGUUUAUGUACCUGAGGCCUACAACCCAAGGUGACACCCGGGUCAACAAAGUGGUAUCUCUUGUGCGCACAAGUCUCAUUCCCAUGUUGAACCCUUUCAUCUACACAAUCCGGAACAAAGACUUCAAAGCAGCCCUAAGGAAAUCUGUGAGAAGGAAAAUGCUGUUAUAG